AAAAAACACAUGCACACACAAAUAAAAAACACACAUGCACACACACAAAUGCACAUACAAAUAAACACACACAAAUAAACACACAUGCACACACAUAAACACACAUGCACACACAAAUAAAAAACACACAUGCACACAAACAAAUAACAUACACAUGAACACACAAAUAAACACACACACAAAUAUACACACAAACAUGCACGCACACACACAAAUAAACACACACACACUCACACAAGUAAACACACGAACAUGCACAUACACACAAAUAACCACACACAGUAUGUAGUGAGGUGUGUGUGUGUGUGUGUGCGUUUAUUUGUGUGCGUGUGUGUGUGUUUAGGAAUGUGCAGUAUCAUGCUCUCUUCAUCCCAUGAUGCCACAGUGAGAUGUGAACAAUGGCAACCCUUUAUCACACACCCAACACCCCAAAUGCUUUUAAAGAGGGCAUUGUGUAUAAAUGUAUACGUUUGUGUGAUGUCACAGUUUUCUCCGCUGUUUAACUCAAGCGUCCCACUUUAAAACCAAAACAUGUCAUCUGUAAGUGUGAAUGACUUGUUGAACUAAAUUAUUUGUGAAAAAUUCAGAUGUAAGAUUGUUUGGCGAGAAUGAUGACAACAAGAUUGUACUUUUGCAAAAAAUUACUUUUUAAUAUUUGUGUCUGUUUUCAGUACAAAUAUUCUUAAAUCAAGAUGCAUUUUCUUGAUUAACCAAAUGACAAAAAAGCCUAGUUUAUAGACCAAAAAUAUAACAUUUAAGUGCAUUUGUGCUUGAAAUAAGUUUACCUUUUUCUUUAACACUUUAUUUUUCUUACCCCAUUGGCAGAUGGUUUUGCUUGUUUUAAGCAAGCACUUUAAUUUUAUAUUGACUUAUUUUUUUAGGUAAUUUUGUUCAUAAAAAAAUGCAUCUUGAUUUAAGAAUGUUUUGAUAUUUGUACCGAAAACAAGACAAAAAUACUAAGAAAGUGUAGCUGGCACUGUACGAUAUAUCAAUAAUGUAUCUGUGACGGAUAUUUACUGCAAACACAAUGAGUUUUCCUCUCAAGUCUGCUUUACUCCAUCACACGCUGGUAAUCCCCUGAACCGCAGCCCAAGCCUUCACUUCCUUAUCAUUGCUAUUCUGUCUUUUGAUUGGAUCGUCGCUAGCCUAUCGGCUGUCAGCAUUGCUCUAACGCAUGUAGGUGUUCUAGAAGUUUAAGCUCCCAACCGCCACGACCACAGGGGAAGUUUGAAACAGGAAGUCGAGGAGUUGUCACUUUCACUAGUCCAGUUUUUUUAUUUAUUUUUACAGAAAGGUUCCUUUUACACGUGGCAGGCAAUAUCGUUUUCGUUUCUUUCGAUUUUCUCUACACGAGAACCAUAUCGUGCCGUAUCUCACGACUGAAUGAGUUUUACAGAUUCACAGAUCUGCGUGGCUUGCCAGUGGUUCCUCGUGGCAUGACGACCACUAACAAAGGAAACAAAGCCUUGAAGGUGAAGAGGGAGCCCGGGGAAAAUGGGACGAGUCUUACAGACGACGAACUGGUGUCCAUGACGGUCCGUGAGCUCAACCAACACCUGCGCGGUCUGUCCAAAGAAGAGAUUCUGCAGCUGAAGCAACGCAGGCGGACGCUGAAGAACCGAGGCUACGCCGCCAGCUGCCGCGUCAAACGCGUCACCCAGAAGGAGGAGCUGGAGAGGCAGAAGGCGGAGCUACAGCAGGAAGUGGAAAAACUGGCCUCGGAAAACGCCAGUAUGAAAGUCGAGCUGGACGCUCUCCGCUCCAAAUACGAAGCUCUGCAGAGCUUCGCCAGAACUGUGGCCCGAGGGCCCGUCGCCCCCAUAUCUAACGCAGCCGUACCCGUGUCUCCACGGGGCCCAUUAGCCUCUGUCAUCGGGCCCCUCAUUCCCGGGAAGGUGGGAGCCACCAGUGUUAUCACGAUAGUAAAAUCUAAAACCGACGCGAGGUCUUAGUGACGCAGCCGGGCGAGAGGAUUGGUCAGUGCAUGAUGCUUUAGGCUGGAAAACCUUCGAUAUUUAAUUUCUACAGCACUUUUAGGGGGAGAAAUUGGACUGAAAAUUUGGACAGAAUACUCUCAAAUGUGGUCAGUUUCUGGUUUACAAAAGAAGGACAGUUAAUUCACUUGGGCUUCCAAAAUAGUCUCCAAAUUACGAGGAAAAAACCCAACAAACACACAAGCAGCCAAAUUUUCAUUGUGAACGUCUGUAAUUCUGCUGUGAGAUUUGUAAUUUUGUACAAAUAUCGGCUACUUUGUAUAGUGUUUUACACAAGGGGUCCAAGUGUUUCAAGUGUGAUCAUUCUGUGUUUAUGUUAUUGUACUUUUUAUACGGCGUCUGCGUGUUGAUUUUCUCUGUGGAUUUGCUGUUUAGAGACGUUUCCGUCCUUUCGUUUAACGGACUGCAGGCACAAAACACUUUACACCGGUCAGGCUUCCAAACUCUUCCAGCGUCUAACGCAGAGCAAAUGGAGAAAACCGACUUUCGUCCACAAUCGGAGAGAAGAAAUCGAAUAAAAACAAAGUGGUCAGCCAAUGAGAAACUUUACCUGAGCCUAAUUUAUGCACUGACCAAUCGGCGAUGGGCAGGAGGAGAGGAGGCGGAGUCAAAUCAGCUAAUGUUGUUCAUAUGGUAGCUAUCAGGAUCUGCCACCAGUUCGUUUGCUGUAGUCGUCCAUUUUCAGGACAGAAAAUAGCAUUUCUGUUGAGCGAGGAGACUCGAUUGGCAAGGCAAUAACGUAUUUAUGUUCGGCGAUGUUAAAUUACAGCUUGUAUUUGCUUUCGUGGAACCUGUGAACCUGUCUUCUGUUGUUAUUUGUGAAUUUGAAGCUGUUUACAUCACGGGUUCCAGAUGUGUGGCCUUCACAAUGAAGGUCAUUAUAUUGUUCAUUGUUAGGAGAUCCAGAGAGAUUUUUCUUCCCUGUAUCGAUUUCCUUUCUUUUGUCUUUUGUUACAUUGUUGAGUAAAAACGAGAAAAAAAAGAAAAACGGCAAAAGAAGAUAAACAAAAAACAGGAGCUUUCGAAAGGUGAUAUAAACCGGUGAAAUCUCACAAGCUUUACCAUGAAUUUGUUGCUGUGACAUUGCGUAACGUAUUCUUAAAAAAUCUUUGUCUAUAUGGUGGAGUCUUGAAUUUUAUAAAAAAAUAACAGAGUAUCUUGCAUUAUUUAUAAAACGUUUAAAAAAGAAAUAUAAAGUUGUUUGAUAGCUCUCUUUUUUGCAAUUGUACCAAAAGUGGCUUAACUAUUGAAGUCAAUAGCUUUUCUAGUGACUAGGCGCGUAAAACUGUGGACUAGCGCGUGUGGUGUGAUUUGUACUGGUGAGGUGGCGCUGUUGUUUACCACGUGGAUGUGAUGCUUUUACCGAGUCGAGCCAAACGCAGGCGAUGAGCGCAGGUUACCCAGAAUCCUUCACGGAUCGAGACCGCACAUACAGAUGCAAGACGUUCAAGAGGUUUGUGUCGGCCGUGUUUCAAUGUGCUUGUCGCUGGAAAAGACUUCUCAGGAAAGUGAAACUACUGCAAGGGUUUCUGGGAAUGUUUCUGCGGCCUCAUCCGCUGCAUUUGAGUCUUUCAUGUGAAGUGUAAUUUUCUUUUUUUAAUAUACACACACACAUAUAUAUAAAUAUAUAUAUAUAUUUUGGUGUAAAUCGUUUCUAUGGUAAAUUAUAUUUGUUGUUGUUUAUCUUUUAUUUUUUGCUAUUUCUUUGAACGCCAGAGAAGCGAGUCUUGUAUCUGCACUGAUUUAAACCAAGAAAAGCGACGCAUCUUGAAUGAUGUUUGCGACUGCUAAUAAUUUCAUUCUUCUUGAAAAACCCAACACAGAUUUGCCCAAAACGGCACAUUUUUGAAUGAUUUCUUUUUCCAAAUAAGCUGUUAUCGAAGUAACGAAAUGAAACUCGUGUUUCGUCUGUAAGCGACUCUGAAGUUCUGAACUAAUGACCUAAUUGAAUCUAUGUGUGACUUUCUUGUUGAUGACAGGAAAAUAAUGAAUCACUACAUGAAUUGUUAAAAAACAUUAAAAGAAGGCACGCCAUAAGCCCGCUGCUAUGAUCAAAUGGUUAAAUGUGUCUAUAACAGUAUAGCAAGAAAAGAAAGUUCUGGGUAAAUUUAAGUUCGUGAGCCGUUUUCUUUUGUGAUUCAUUCAUUUCUCAGCACAAGAUUCUUCAGGGUUUUGCCCAUGAGCUGUAUAAUCUUGUGACAAUAUCAACAGAAGAUGUGUCUCCCACUUUUCAAUAUUUUUUCUCAAUGUAACUCAACAGCAAGACUGGCUAGUCUGUAAAAAAUGGUUUCGUAACGGUCUCUGGUCCAUCUCGGCAUCGCUUUCGUGACAAUGGUAACGUUCUCCUAUCAGCUGUGGCGUGUCCAGCAUCUAUAGGCGAUAUAUCGAAAGGAUUCGAAGAAAAAAUUCUAGCUUUCUCGCAAACUAUGAUAAUGUGAUUUUUGUUCAAGUGUUUGUAUGUCUGGUAGCAGUACUGCCCAAUAAUGACGCUCCUGAUCUUCUUGAAUCUUCUUCCAGGGGGAGUGGCUCCUUCUCAUAUGUUAUCGUUAUGGUCGUCGUGGUGACUUGGUGUUAAAAGUGAACCUAUGAAGUAUAUGCAAAUCAGCAGGUGGUAGACGGGGAGUGCCGACCUCUCCAUAGGAAUAUAGUUCUCUGUUUUUAAAGCUGUUGUCCGUAAAUAAUCGCUUACGAUGGCGUGACGAAUUCUCUACAGCGCACUUACAUUUCUGCAAAAAAAGAAACGAUAAAAUCAAUUGAUAAUUGCAGUUAAACGCUCACGAUUUACCCAACAAGGGCUUCGCAUCAGAAUAUUGAACUUGGCAUCUAUAGUUUCAUUUAAAUGAGUGUUUUUUUCUUUUCUUUCGGAAACAGUGUCAUGUCCCAAGAGGCGAAGGAAAUAGUUCUCGAUGGUAAAGUAAGACAAUCCUGAGUUUAGCCAACAGUCUAGAACGGCUUUCGAACAUACAUUCAUAUAUAUAUUACUAAAAGAUGAUCAACGUAAAAUGUAAAUCCUAUCAGGAUUAACUCUGUGGCCUCAAGUGUCACUUUUUUGAUUGGCAAGGGUUCAGUGAUCAAUCGCAGGCUCUUCAUAAGUAGAUCAAUAGAGAGCGAUCGGUCGAGUCGGAGCAUCCCGAGUGUCCGGUUGUGUUGCCGUGGAAACGUCCGGUACCCUUGAAUUCAAAACUCUGUCCCAUUUUUCCUGUGAAUUCUCAGACGACCUCACAAUCGUGACUUGUGUUCUGGUUCGUGCUAUGAACAGAACAGAUGUUUCUCCUUUGAGCCUCAUGGGACAUGAACAGGUUUCAUUUUAGUUUAAAGAAAAGUGAGUCUCCAGUCUUCAGAGAGUUUCUGAUAAGGUUUAACCUGCUUCAGACGCUGGUUUGAAUCAUUAACUCUGUCUCACGCUGCUAGACGGACUCUCAGCAUCUUUGCUCUCGGUGGGUGGUUUUGGGACGUGUGACUUUUUUUCCUCUAGAUUUACUACUGAAGGGUCAAUAAACGCCGGGCAGUGUCUCAUGAUGAGUGACGCUUCUAUUGUUGUGUUGAUGACACUAUUGUUGGUGUUUAUUGCAAUUAUUUUUAUUUGUUUGUGUAAAUUGGCUGAAUUUUUUUUUAUUAUUUAAGACACAUUUGGUCUGUAUGCUGCACUUGAGAAAUAUUCAGCUUCUGUUCUUGUUUUUUAUAGUUGCCCCCUUAACCCCCCUUUAAAUAUUAAUUUCUCAGCAUCACUGGAGUUAUAUUAGUGACUCUGUAAGCUCAUUUGACUGCUGUUUAUCACUGUAUCAACAUCAGAAAUGUCAAGAUAUACGUUGCUGUGAGUUUAUUAUGAUGGAUUUUUUUGUCUAAAACAAAAUAAAAAUCUGUUCUGUUGUUUUUCUCGAUGGGGUGUAUUAAAUUAAGAUAUCCUAGUUCUUUGUAUGGGAAUUAUAGAUAGCGUGAGUCCAUUUAAUUGUAAGUAUUUAUCAACUAAGUUAUCGUACUUUUGCAAUUUGUAGAUAAGUAAUAUAAUGUAUUGGUAUAUAACGAUAAAAUUAACUGUAUCAGUCAGUCUGGGGCGUUCUUUAAUUUAUUGAUGUAUAUACUGUAUGUUUGUUGAUAUACAGCUUACUUUAUUUUGUAUAUGACCAAUAAAUACAUUUUGAAAAACA